UUUCAAAAUAAAGUUGAGUGCACUUUUUCGCGUCUUGUAUUUUCUGUAUUUUUGUCCUUUAUUUUAUGGAUUUUCCACUCGUUUUCUGUUAAAAUUUGUUUUAACAUUACAGUAAAAACUGUAUGAAGUGCUAAAAAUUCCAGAAAACCAAAGUUUCUCACAACAAUGUCGCACCACUUGGACCCGACGGCGGCUCAUCUGACGUUCCUAGAAGCUCGCUUCGGUCACAGCUCGUUCCGCCCCCAUCAAUGGAACAUCAUCCGGACGGUGUUGGAGGAAAAACGGGACCAAUGUGCCGUUAUGCCAACGGGAAGCGGAAAGUCGCUGCUCUACCAGUAUCCGGCGGUGUUCCUGAACAGGCUGACACUGGUCGUAGCGCCGUUGAUUUCGCUUAUGCACGACCAAGUGCUGGCAUUGAAGGGCUGCGGCAUUCCGGCUUGCUUUCUGGUGGGACCGGCACAGAAUGGCGAAGUCAUCCGGCAGAUUCAAGCCGGCCAGUACAGGCUGGUUUACGUGACGCCGGAGUAUCUGUUCGAGGAUAUGGGAAAGGUUCUGUUGGAGUCUGUUCUAGAUCAGCUGGUUCUGAUUGCCGUAGACGAGGCGCACUGCGUCAGCAAGUGGAGCCAUGACUACCGUCUGGCAUUUGGUGAAUUGCAUAAAAUUCGCGACAUUUGCCCGGACGUGCCGAUUCUGGCCGUAACAGCGACGGCCACUCCCACCGUUCGCAAAGACAUUGUGAACGGCUUGAGGCUGCGAUCACCCCAGAUGACAUGCUCCGGAUUCGAUCGACCGAAUUUGAGUUUCCAUGUCAAGACCAAGAUCUCCAUCAAUCUUGCCAAUGACAUAGUAUCACUCAUCAAGCGCGGUAGCCCCGGGGGAAGUGUCAUAAUUUAUUGUGUCACCCGCGCGCAAACGGUGCUCAUAUCGCAACAGUUGACAGGCAAGGGCAUCUACUGCACAGCUUAUCACGCCGGGAUAGAGAUGGAAAAACGCACGGAGAUUCAUGAAAAGUUCGUCCGAGGUCAGCUGAAAGUAAUUGCGGCCACAUCUGCUUUCGGUAUGGGCAUCCACAACUCCAACGUUCGUCUUGUUGUGCACUAUGGGGCCGCCAGAGACAUUGAGUGUUACUAUCGGGAAAUUGGUCGUGCUGGGCGCGAUGGCUUACCCGCGUGCUGCGUGAUGUACUGGAGCGAGGAGGAUUUCCGGAAACAUGAGUAUUUGCGGGAAAAGAACAGUCAUGCAAUCGACCAGCGUGAACAGUUGCUGGAGUUGUCGUCUAAAAUGCGCCAAUAUUUGAAGAGUAAAAGCUGUCGCCGGAAGUUCAUACUGAACUAUUUUGAAGGAAGCAAAACCACAUUACCUGCCCGUCGGGAUUGCUGUGACAAUUGCGUCAUUCGCUUCAAAAACGUUCCUCAACCAGCACCGGUCGCGAACGUCUCACCGCCAACGAAGCCCUCAACCACAUCAAAAGCCAAAUUCGCGGAAGAAUUGCUGGAAGCCAUUAGAACGACACGGGGUCAACUGGCCAUCCUGCAUGGGUGCAAACCUCACAUGGUAGCGACACGCAACGCCAUGCAGGAGCUGGUCAAGAUGCGUCCCCAUACCCUGGACGAGCUCAGGAGCGCCAAAAUCGACGGUUUCUCGGAGACCAAAAUCCAAAAGUUUGGCCAGCCAUUCGUGGACUGUAUUCUCCUGAAGGUGCAAGAAUUGCCCACCAUCCAGCAGAUUCUGCAGCAGUACCCACUCGAGAAGGAAAAGAUUACCUUUUUCCAGAUUACGACCUGGACGCUGUUCAAGGAGGGGCGUUCCAUUCAGGAGAUUGCCAAAUUCCGACACCAAACGGAGAUGCAGAUCUACCAGCAGUUGGCCGAUGCUAUCAAACAUGGGCUUAGCUUCGGGUGGUCGGACUUCGAAAGGGUCGGUCUGUCACGGGGACUGUUUCAAGAAAUCAAGCUAAAGCUUCUGCUGGUACCAUCAACCGGUGUAGAUCUGAACGCCGUGAAGAAGGCCUGUUCGUCGAGUGUCUCACAGGGGCAGAUUGCGUUGGUGUUGGGCUUUGUCCAGGUUCGAAGUCAUUUGGACAAAAACCAGCUGUUGUAUCGGGAAGAGCAGACUUAUGACUUGAUGCCAGUGCCGAUGGUACCGAAGGAAGAAAAUCCAGAUCAUCAGGACCAUGGAGGCGAAGAAGGCAUGUCGGCAAGCUUGAUGGAUGAGUCCGAUUUUCUGGGAUUUUCAAACUCAGUGUUGUCCGAUGCGGUGAUUGCAAUCGUCUCUUCAGACGAUGACGAGUAAGUAACAGGAGCAUACCUUAUUACAGGUAGAAUUCGUUGUACUUUGUGUUUUAAGCAAGGGUUAUUAAUAGUUUUACUAAGUUGAUCUUUAUUUUUUCUGUUAUAAACCUAAAGUUGGUUUGACAGGAUAUCAGUUAAUGUAAAUGUC